AUGAAGCUGCUUUGGGUUGUGUGCAGUCUGCUUGUGGUGAUGGACCAGGCAAUGGUUCACACUGCUUUGGCCAGCGAUGGGGCCAUCAUAGAGGUCGAUCUGGACGGGAACCUCAUUAUCAACAGCUCAUCAAAGGGUGGUCAUGCACGUCUUCUGCUGAAUGGGAUCGACGUGAUCCAAGAGCUAUCAGAGCUACGCACACAACUAGCUGAUGCCACGAACACUAAAGUCCAGGAGUAUUGCGUCUUUGAUGGCCAAUUCACUGGCUCGGGCUCGAGCUCCUCUUCGCCGGCCGUGUCCUGCAGUUCGAUCCUGCAGUAUUUUCCAGAGCGCGCGCCUCAUAUCAGUGGUGUCUACUGGAUCGAAGCUGAAAACGCCCUGCCCGCCCUAGUCUAUUGCGACAUGGAGACGGAAGGCGGCGGCUGGACGCUGGUGGCCAAGGUCAAGGGCCAGGACGCAGUUAUGAACGGCCUCAACACUGCCCAAUGGCGCGAUGGCGACGAGAUCGGAUCCACUGCUAGCUUGAGCGACGAAAAUGCGCUUGGCCCUGCUUAUAGCACCACGCCGUUCACCGACGUCAUGGUGCGCUCGCUGACCGCUCCGGAUCGCAACAUGGGCUGGCGCCACCCCACCCAACAUGCUAAUUUGAGGAGUGUUGUUCGAGCCUGUAAUUCCGUCGAUGACGGCCAGCUACUGUUUGGUGCUGUGCAUAAUCUCGACUACCCAGGUGCCCCUUACGGCAACAACCACUACCGGGGCUGCACUCGACUCAAAUAUGGCAUGUUGCUGGGCGAUACCACCGCCUUGAAUUAUUCGGGCUACCUAGGUUGCCCCUCAAUCGUCACCGGGCAUUCGCUGGGGGUGGUUGGAGCUGCUAUCCCGGCCUCCCUUGGUCCCACGGUGCAAGAUACGGAUACUCAACGUGAUAACAUUUUUGAGUGUGUCACCAAUUUUGGCGUCGGUUCGGGUUACAGCCUUAGGCCCGGCUCAAGUGGAGAUGAUGUUUAUGCUCUUAAUGCUCACUGGUGGAGUGCCGGCAACAAUUACACAAAUGCGUGGAAUUCUCACGGUGUUUUUUUGCGUGACCACGCGCCCGUGAGUUGGGGUGGGGACGGCUCAAGCAAGAUUCGGGCUGGCUUGUCGUGCCAGACUAUCAAGGAGCGCUUUGGUUUUUCCGACUCGGGCCUGCGAUGGAUCUUUGCUGAUGAGACACCUGGACCCGGGCAAGCAAUGCCAGUGUGGUGUGACAUGUCUGCCGCCGGAGUCAGCUUGGGCUCAGACGGUACCACUGCCAAGCGCUGGUCACGCAGCUGCAGCCACAUCAAGAUGUUCUUUCCCCAUGCCGCCCUCAAGAGUACCAGUGCUUGGGUGUGGGAUACAAAGUACAACGAAGCUCGCGAAGUGUUUUGCGAUCAAAAGUCGCUUGGUGGUGGUUGGGAGUUGACGGCCAAAUCAGGCGCGCUCGACGGUACCCUCAACUCACGCAACUGGCGCAACCUCAAGUAUGGCGUGUACCUGAAUCAAAUUUUCGAUACCGCAGACGCAAACGGCUUAGGAACCGGCUACUACUCGGCGGAAGUGGAGGACGUGAUGAUUCGCUCUCUUGCCAUGCCAACACGAUUACUCGCCUAUCACAUGCCCAGCACUGAACCAUCUACCCAGGUCAUCGUGAACGAGUGCCGUUUCCGCGACAACGGGAUCCUGCUUGCAGGCUCACCCACUGAUUUGGAGUACUGGGGAAGCGGCGACGGUGAUUUCAUUACUAGCAUGCGCAUGUGUAGCGCAGUAGCUGAGCGGCGCUAUGGCUUCUUGGUACCAGACACGACGGGAACAAGUUCGUAUACCCGUUUUGGAUGCAGCGGUGCCAAUCGCAACCAUGCCCUUGGUGUAUUUGGAUACGGCAUAGCUGUUAACGGUACUCGGACCUAUGGUUCGGAUGAUGGAAUCCGCGUUCAUUGUCUGACAAACUUUGGCAUGUUUGACGUCUCUUCCGGUACUCAUUUGUACGCCAUCAACGCACACUGGUGGGGCGCUGGUAACGCCAAAGUGGCCAAUUUCAAGGCCCACGGUGCUUGGCUGGCUUUUGAGUUUCAAGCAACCACCUCUGGCAAAUAUUGGCUACGUCGGACACUGGCAGCCACGCCGGUGCAGGUUUGGUGCGAGUUUACUCAAGGCAGCGUGACGGACAUGGGUGGAGACGGAUCCAGUGAGCUGGCUGCGGCUUCCGAUUGCCGGAGUGCCCAGCAGCUGUUUGGACAGACCACCUCCGGCAGCUACUGGCUGUUCAACCGGGCCCAAGACUCACUGUUUUCUAGCAAGGUUUACUGCGACAUGACGACUGAGUCAGGCGGUUGGACGCUGGUGGCCAUUGUCAAGGGCAACGACGCCACGCUCAACAGCAAAAAUUGGGAUGCCUGGCGUCAUGCCAGCCUGGUGGGGAGCACGGAAACCAUGGCUGACAUCAAUGCGUUGGGCCCAGCUUAUGUCGGUGUGCCUUUUUCGGAUGUGAUGAUUCGGUCGGUCAACGACCCGAGCAAGAACCUUGGCUGGCGUCAUCCAACGCAGUAUGAUUCGCUGCACAGCGUGAUUUACAAAUGUGAGGCCGUCACCGAUGGUGCCAAGCUCUUUGGUGGCAUUGCAAACCUGGAUAGCACCUCGAUUAACAACGGCUUAUAUGUGGAGUGUGCCAACACAAAAUUUGGCAUGUUUGUACCCGAUGAGACCAUCUCUUACACAGCCAUCGCAGGUUGCGGGAACCUUUACUCAGGCUAUGCUGGUGCCAUCGUGGGCUGGGGUGUCUUACAGCCUCAUUCAAGCACGAACUGUCUCACAAACGGUGGCCUCGGUGCUGGCUACGCUGGGGUUGUCUCGGGGGACGAUAUCUACGCCAUCAAUGCCCACAACUGGGGAUUCAGUAACGAUAACGUUUCGAACUGGAACUCGCACGCCAUCUUCGUACGCCGACAAUGA